AUGGUUUCAUCAGUAAUCCUUAUACCUCCCAGUAAUCCAAGCCAGAUUCAGUCGUCCCAGGGAAGUCAAAAUGUUAGAGCUGGCACUUUCUCUGAGGGAGUGGUAGCAACAAAAGAGCCAGAGGUGUUCUCUUCAGUUUUAGACUCCGUGUAAGUAAACUUUACAGUGCAAUGAAUUAAAAAAAUUAAUACCACAAGGUGAAAAACAGAUGAAAGGGUAAAUUUAAAGAAUGAAAAUAAUACACCAUUAGUUUCCUCUAUUUACCUUAUAUUAUAUUAUUUACAGAUAAUUUUUAUCUGUUUACUAUUGCAGCCCUCCAAAUCCAAUCAGCAGUGAGCCCACGCCUACUGCACCCUCAGCAACAAGUCCAAAGGAGGAAGAAGACAGCAUAACGGCCGCUUUAGACCAAGCAGCAGAAGAGGAAACCAAACUGAAGGAAGAAGAGAUGCCUUCAUUUGAUGAAUUUAAAAGAAGAGUUUUACAGGAGGAAGAAGAGAAAAGUAAACAGCAGAGUGCUGAGAACUCAAGUGGAGCUGCACCCAAACCCAAGAAAUUAAAGGAACGAGAACAAAGCAAUUAUGCCUUAGUAGACUGUGGUGCAAAGAUCUUAGAUCAUAAUCCAUGUUUUGAACAGCUGUGGCCAGAAGGUUUAUUAUGUUCAGCAACUUUCUAA